UUUGCUGGGAGAGGGAGAAGGAGGGAAAAGGCAGAAGCAUCGGGGAAAAAUGAGAGGAAUGUUUCCCUGCGAGCAGAGUUUUCCAUUGCUUACUUUGAGCCGGGCCACUGUGUGCAAACAGAGCAGAGGGGAAGGUGUGCCCGUGAGCAGCAGAUCUGCUCUGUGCUGGAGGGGGGAAAUUGGGGAAUUUUGCUGCAGUGAGGCUGAGAGGAGGGUGAGGGUGCACGGAUGAGGGUUCAAAACACAACAUCCUGGGGCACUGCGUGUUUUGGGUUAAAAAUAGGCCAUGUGCUGGCAGAUCCCAUGGGUCCCGUGGGACACAGAGCCCUGCUUGUGGAGCACCGAUGUGUUACAGCAGUGUUUUCACCACCAGUCACUGCAGUGCUUCCCAAAUGUUCAGGUCUCGUUCCAGCUUUAAAAAGAUUCUCACCAAUGUCUCUGUGGGCUCCUCCGUCCGUGCUGGAGGCCCAGGAGGAGGAAAAAAGCCGUGUAAUCCGGAGCAGGAGUGAUUCAUCGGCCUCUGAGUCACAGCUUCCUCUGACUUGGUGCUACUUCUGGAAAACAAAGCAGCCAGAGAGUUCAGUAUGAGCAGCAGUGGCCACAUCUUGCCCAAGGGCAGAGUCACCAUCACCAGCUCCAUCACAUCCCCUCGGUCACUGCAUCGUUGCUGCCAUCCCCAGCACUCGUGCUUGCUGAGUCAGAGCUGCCCCACAGCCUCACUGAUAGGGAAGUGGGGAGGCUGAAUGAAACUAACAGGUGACAGGUUCAAACCCCCAAAAUUUGGGUUGUUUUUUUUUUUUAACACCACACGUAGCUGAGCUGUGGGGCUCCUUGUCCCAUCGGUUAGGAGGGAUUCGUGUUCUUGUAAUGCAUCUGUUACGGACCACCAUUGGAAAGAGGAUAUGAGGCUAUUCAGCUAUCUCUGAGUUACAGAACCAUUCAGGCUGGAAAAGACCUCAAAGACCAUCGAGUCCAACCUGCCUCCAAUACUGUCCACUAAAUGAUGUUCCUAAGUGCCCCACCUCCAUGGUUCUGUAACACCUCCAGGGACGGUGACCCACUGCCUCCCUGGGCAGCUGUGCCAAUGCAUCACUGCUCUUUUGGAGAAGUAAUUGUUCCUGAUAUCCAACCUGGACCUUCACUGGCAAAACCUGAGAGCUGGCAAAGAGGCACGAGGGACCCCAAAGGCUGGGGCUCAGCAGUUCCUUGCUUGGUGAGGCGCCUCUGCCAAAGUCAGCCAGCAACAAGAAAGGACUGAGCCACAGUACAGGGCAAUGAGCCCAAGGCCCAACACCUGCAGCUAUGCUGGCCCUGGGGCCGCUAAAAAUGGCCACUUCUAGUUAAGGAGGAUCAAACAGGCGUGGGUUUUGCACCUCUUGCUCCGGCAGGGACAGCCCCAGCUGUGUGCUCUUCCAGUCACAGCACGCCCGGCCGGCAGCACAGCGCACGAGGCUACGGCGCAUCCAGGUUAUCCCUCGUGAGCAGAUAAAAGAGAAACGGGAAGGAAAACCUAAACUGGGAGGGGUGGGGGUGUUCGAAACCGAGAAGGAAUCACGUCUGGAAAGCACCGAACCCUCCGAGCACCGCCCUGCAGGGAAGCCGCCUCCUCCACAGCCCGUCCCGUCUAAAGGCAGCCCUCUCCAGUUCCUGCCCGCCGUGCCCAAACCCCGCACUGUGAGCACAGCUCCCCUCGGGCCGUCCGCCCCGUCCCUUCAGCUCCUCCCCUAGGGCCCGGGAGCGCAGCCAGCACCGGGGCGGAGCGGGGGGAGCCCCGCCGGGGCCGGGCCGGGGGCGGAGGCUGCGGGGCGGGCGGCCCAUUCCCUCUGCUCGGCGGGACGAGGCACCGUCCAGAGCAGCUCGUGGAGCCUGUUAGCUCCUCACAGGAGUCAAACAUAUCCCGAGGAGCCAUAAAAGAGGAAUCCUACCCAGAAGCCAGCAUGGAGCAGAAGAUCAGCUCUUUCUUUAAUUCCAUCUUGGAACUUGUCCGCACCAAGCACAAGGAGGGCGUCUUCAACACCGUCUGCCUCGCGGUGCUGUUGGGGCUGCCCUUCGUUGUCCUCAUCGCGUCCAUCUUCAUCUGCUGCCACUGCUGCUUCUCCCACUGGAGGAGACAGAGCAGGAAGAGGGACAGCCCCAGCAGCAACGGGCAGCUGCAGGCCGAGAGGAACAAGAAAAAGAAGAAGAAGAAGAAGAAGGAUGAGGAGGACCUGUGGAUCUCGGCUCAGCCCAAGCUGCUCUUGCUGGACAAGAGGCCAUCUCUGCCUAUCUAGCGACCAACUCUGAUGUCUCCAGUCCUUCCAGCUGUGCUACAAGGAGAUGCCCGAACUGCUGCCACUUUAUGGUGACUUUGAAGAGAGGCUGAGUCCAUCAGUGGGCCGGCACAGAGCAAGGCCUGUAGACAUGGGUUUAUGCCCCCCACCAAGGUGAAACCCUCUGCAAAGCACAGACGGCCUGCUGAGCCACCAUGGGGCCAUGCUCACUCUCACCUUGGAGAUGCAAGGCAAGCUGAGUGCAGCAUUACAGUACAGUGCAGGCAUCCUGGCCGUCCACCCCCAAAUCAAAAGCAAUACGAGUUUCGCAGGAUGCGCUCAGCCCAACCUCAGAAACCUCAAGUCCCAACCUAAGGCAGCAAAGCAGAAGGCCAUGCUGCCACUCAGCCCAGAGGCAGGAAGGAGCCAGGAAGUUGCAAGACCAGCCCUUUUUGCACCAGCACCUAAAAAGUCUUCCUUAAAAGACUUUUUUUUGUACAGACUUGCUUUUAAAGAGCCCACCAUACCGCAGCAAAGGCUGCAUCACCUCUAUGCUACUGCAGGAGCGGAGACGUAAGCUGACACUGUGUAACAGCUU